AUGAAGAACUUUGAUACCAUAUCAGAGAUCAUGCUUUCCACAAAAAAUACGUGGCUUGAAGCAUCCAUUGCAGAUUCAAGCAUGAAGAAAAUAGUGAACAAUAAUACUAAAGGCACACAAAAAAGUGUGGUGGAAGCUUCAGCACAAAAAAAGGGGUCUCUGAACUUGAACUUUCGCUGA